AUGCCAAGAGCCCCAAAGACUUACUCUAAGACUUACUCCGUCCCAAAGCGCCCUUACGAGUCCGCUCGUUUGGAUGCCGAACUCAAGUUGGCCGGUGAAUACGGUUUGAAGAACAAGAGAGAAAUCUACAGAAUUGGUUUCCAAUUGUCCAAGAUCAGAAGAGCCGCCAGAGACUUGUUGACCAGAGACGAAAAGGACCCAAAGCGUUUGUUCGAAGGUAACGCUUUGAUCAGAAGAUUGGUGAGAGUCGGUGUCUUGACCGAAGACAAGAUGAAGUUGGAUUACGUCUUGGCCUUGAAGAUUGAAGAUUUCUUGGAAAGAAGAUUGCAGACCCAGGUCUUCAAGUUGGGUCUUGCCAGAUCUAUUCACCACGCUAGAGUUUUGAUCUCCCAGAGACACAUCACCGUUGGUAAGCAGAUCGUUUCCAUCCCAUCCUUCAUGGUUAGAUUGGACUCCCAGAAGCACGUUGACUUUGCUGGUAACUCCCCAUACGGUGGUGGUAGAGCCGGUAGAGUUAAGAGAAAGAACCAGGGUAAGGGUGGUGACGAAGGUGCCGAAGAUGAGGAAUAA